UUUAGAAUUCCAGUCAAUCUACCGCAAGCCCGCAACACUCCUCCCCGUCUAUUUGAUACUCCUUGCUCAACACAGAUUUCGAACCACAGCUAAGAAGCUGGAAGAGUGGACUGCGGCAAGGAAUGGGAGCAAGCGGUACGUUUAGGGUCUUAUCAUCGGAGAUGACGCCGGCGGCAGCGGCGGUGGCGGCGGCGAUGGCGGCUUUGCUGCUGUGGGUUUCAUGGUCGGCCACAUGGCUAUGGUGGGCCCCUCGACGUCUCGAGCGAUCUCUACGGGCUCAGGGUCUCCUCGGAACUCGCUACUGCUUUCCCUCCGGUGACCUAAAGGAGAACGCCCGCCUCAUCCGCGAGGCUCUGAUUAAGCCGCUCCCUCUUUCUCACUGUAUCAUACCCCGUGUUUCUCCGUUUCUUCACCGAGUCAUCAAUCAAUGUGGUAAAUUCUGCAUUACAUGGAUUGGGCCGAUUCCCAGAGUCACCAUCAUGAAUCCUGAUUUAGUGCGUGAAAUUCUAUCCACCAAGUUUGGCCACUUUGAAAAACCAAAGAUUAAUCCUCUGGGGAAGCUGUUGGUAACUGGACUUGUAAGUUAUGAGGGUGAAAAAUGGGCUAGACACAGGAGGAUUAUUAAUCCAGCGUUUCAUAUAGAGAAGCUGAGGCGGAUGCAGUCAGCAUUCUCCUCUUGUUGUAGGGAAUUGAUCGAAAGGUGGGAGAAAUUAAUUGAUCAUGAUGGAACAUGCGAGCUGGAUGUUUGGCCUGAAUUCCAAAAUUUAAGUAGUGAUGUUAUCUCAAAAACAGCAUUUGGUAAUAGCCAUGAGGAAGGAAGGCGUAUAUUUCAACUCCAGACAGAGCAAUCUCAACUUCUUAUUCUGUCUUCUCAAAAUGUAUACAUUCCAGGCUUCAGGUUUUUGCCCACCCCAGUUAAUAGAAGAAGAAAUCAAAUUAAUAGAGAGGUUCGAUCCCUUCUUAGAGGCAUGAUUGAAAAAAGAGAGAAGGCAAUCAAAUCAGGAGAGAAAAAUAUCGAUGACCUGUUGGGCCUAUUGAUUGAGACCAAUCUCAAACAAUCUGAAGAGCAUGGAAAUUACAAGAAAGGUGGGAUGACCACAGAAGAUAUUAUUGAAGAAUGUAAGCUUUUUUACUUUGCAGGACAAGAGACAACAAGUGUUUUACUUAAUUGGACAAUGGUACUCUUGAGUAUUUAUCCAAGCUGGCAGGAAAGAGCACGUGAAGAGGUCAGGCAAGUUUUUGGUGAAAAUGCACCAGACUUUGAUGGUUUAAGCCGACUGAAGAUUGUGACCAUGAUUUUGCAUGAGGUUCUAAGGCUAUACCCACCUAUAAUUCUCCUUGGCCGAAUGACCUACAAGACUAUGGAGCUAGGAGGUAUCACUUACCCGAAAGGUGUUAUACUCUCCCUUCCUGUAAUCUUCAUUCACCAUGAUCCUGAAAUCUGGGGAGAAGAUGCCCACGAGUUCAAACCAGAGAGAUUCGCCAAUGGCAUAUGGAAGGCAACAAAGAACAAUCAGAUGGCCUUCUUCCCAUUUGGUUGGGGUCCUCGCAUUUGCGUUGGUCAGAACUUUGCAAUGUCUGAAGCCAAGAUGUGCUUGAGCUUGAUUCUUCAACGUUUCAAGUUCGAGCUCUCACCAUCUUACAUCCAUUCUCCAUACACUGUCAUAACACUUCAGCCUCAGCAUGGAACUCAGGUUGUGUUACGUAGAAUAGAAUGAAUUACAAUUAUACUACAUGCCCCAGCAGUAUUAAUACUUAAAUAGUUUGAUAAAUCGCAUAUAUUUGCAGUUAGAAUAGUCAUUUUGGGAUCAACUUUUUCUCUUGUUUUACUUUGCAACUUUUCAAGAGGGGAGUGGCAAUAAUGUAAUUAUAUGCGAGCUGUGUGCAAUUAAAAAAAUAAAACCACAAUUUUUGUUUAUGCUAAAGGUCGGUAUGUCAUUUUGCAUGUAUCAAUCAAUAUUGAAAAACAGACGUUGAGGCCAAAAAAGGUGUUGGGAAACAA